AUGUUAUCAUGGAGUGGAGAUAGAGAAUCUCCGAGUGAUCCGACGUCUCGCCCUGCGUCAGGCACUCGCAGGUCUCGAUCAGGCUGUUUUCUGUGUCGGGCGCGCAAAGUGAAAUGCGACGAGCGCUGGCCCUCUUGUUUGAAUUGUGAACGUCUCAAAUUGGAAUGCCCGGGUCAUCCAGGCCAGAAUUCGGGAUUGGCUGCAAAAGCUCUUAGGAGUGCGAGGCGGGAUGCGGCACUGACACAGGCCGGUACAGCUCGGCACCGAGUAUCAAAAUCAUGCCAGGCUUGUCGCUUGGCUAAAGCUCGAUGCUCAGGGGGUGAUAUUUGCACCCGAUGCUCCCGCAGAAAUAUUGAAUGCUCGUAUAGUCCGGGUCGCAUGCAACAGCCACAGAGAAGCUCCGCGUCUUAUGCCCCUGCUCAUGACAAAUCUCUUAUUUCUACUUUGGCACCAACUCGGCUCCAGCAAAAUCAAUCCUCAUCUCAGCAGUCUCCAGAUAGCGUGACUGAUCCUAUCUCGUGGCUUCACACUCAACAACUACCGGAUAAAGAUCGAAUUAUAAUUUUGGUCGAAGAAUAUUUCGCCCAUGUUCAUCCAUUACGAUGUUAUGGUUUCGUGCACAAGCCCUCAUUCAUGCAGCGAUUAGAUGAAGACUUUGAGACCUGCUGCAACGAUGAAUCACUCCUUCACAUUGUUUGCGCAUUAGGAGCAAAAUUCCUGGCUUUAGACUACCAUUCCCAGUUUUCGCCCGAGACAAUACUCACAGCUGGGAAUCAGUGGGCCAAAAUCGCCAAGGCUCGCAUAUUUGUAGACUUAGACGACCUCUCCCUAGAGAAACUAAUGACCGCAAUUCUCCUCUAUGAUCACGAUCUUCGGAUCGGAAGCUAUGCCUCUGCUUUUAUGCUCUCUGGGGUGACUGCAAGGAUGUCACAAGCAUUGCAACUCAACCUUGAAAGUUCAGCCGACAUACUUUGCAAUGGACUUGACUCUACGUGCCCAAUAAUCAACGAGUCCAAACGGCGUCUAAUGUGGAGUUGCUAUGUCAUGGAUAGUUGGGUAGGUAGUGGUGUCAACCAACUCACUCUCAUCGACGACAAAGACUUAAAGAUCCAGCUUCCUUGUCACAGCCAUAACUUCUCCCUUGGAACUGCCUGUGUCACUGAAAUGCUGGAUCAAGGAAAGGUACUUGGCUUUAUCCCGAGUGAACAAACUCCUUCACGACCAGCUCAAAACAUGGGGAUUGAGGCUUAUUUCAUCCGCCUCGUCAGCAGCCGGAAGAAGGUUCUCCGAUAUGUCAAGCACCUUGAUACCUCGAAGCCACCGUGGGAGUCUGAUUCCGAAUUUCUACAAUUGGUAACCGAAUUUGCGAACUGGCGGAGAGAUCUUUCGCAGAGUCUAAAGUGGAAUUCAGGCGCGAUUUACGCACGGAAGGAGUCAUCGCAGUUGGGUGCUUUGACUCUGCUUUGGUGUACCUAUCAUCAAACCUUGUGUGAUCUAUACCGCAUUGGUAUGCCGAAUCUGUUCCACAUUCGACGACAUCAUAAGUUUCCACCAGCCAAACAAGAAUUUCUGGACAAUUGCCGCAGAGCUUGCUUUGACAAUGCUCGUGAACUCUCGAAGAUCAUUGCUGAAGCUUCACGGCACGGGGUGAAAGCUCUGUCUGAUACUUGGCUGUGUAUCAUUGCACACGACAGCACGAAGGUCAUGUUAUACUUCAUAAAGCAAAACAAGAUAUCCCCCAAUGCUUUAAGUGUAUUUGAGGUGGAGGAAACGAAGACUCUUGUAAAAAAGAAUAUGGAAGCACUUAUGCAAAUGAGGUCUCUUGUUGCAACAGCAGAGCAUUGCUAUCUUUCAGUUUUGAAAAUGAUGAUUGCAGCAGGUCUCCACCCUCAACUACCCCAUGAGCCCAUAAAUGAGCGAGAGCUGGAUGAGAAUGAGGAACGUUCCUCUACUCCUGGGUCCCCUGUUCAAGAGUCACCCGAAGCCGUCUUGAAUCCUCUUGCAAUCUAUCGUAUGGCACGCACAGCUUUGCAUGGCAAAGAUUCUCGAGGGUCAACCUCAAAUUCGCCUUCAACUACGAACACGAAUUCGCCUAGGACGUUCCGGUCUAGGACACACCAACGUCAUCAAACCCGUGAACAGGAGCAAACACAAGGGCCGCAAAGGUCUCAAAUCGAUGAGAGAACAGACAUGUUACCACCCUUCGAAGUUACUUCUGUUCCAAUAAGACCCGUCGAUUCAUCGUUCAACUUCAAUACUUUCCCACAAUUUCCGCCCCUCGGCACUAUUGGAUCGUGGGACCCUUCUGAAAUGGCUAUCAUGAACAUGAUUGACGAUAGAACGGCUCCUUGGUCUGCGGAAUAUCUGACUGAUGACUACUGA